CAAACUGUCGUCAUCAUCAGAAAGGGAAUGUAAUAUAUUUUCUCAGUAGAAUAAAUAUGAAGUUUCACUAAUUUUAGUGUCAUUUUCAUUUACUUCAUUCAUCUUCAUUCCAAUCGCACUUCUCACCUGUGACUUCGAGAAAUGAAGACGUCCACUUUAUUUCCACUAGUAGCGGCUCUAAUAGUAUCAGUGUUUGCUACAGAUGCACUUAAUCUACCAUUAGGGGAUACGUUAGAAGAAUGUUUACGGGCAUCAAACAUUACUGUUAUCGCGCCCGAUGACACACUAUACGACACGGUUAGACAAACUUGGAAUUCACGCAUUCAAUAUUCGCCAAAAUUCAUCGUGCAGCCAAACUCAACUCAAGAAGUACAACAUAGCGUAAGAUGUGCUGCUACUCAUUCAAAUGUAGCAGUAACCGUCAAAUCAGGUGGUCAUGGGUAUGCAGGAUAUGCUAUCGGCGGAGAAGAUGGUGAUUUAACAAUAGAUGUUACCAACUUUAACAACAUAGACGUGGAUACGGAAUCUAGUUUAGUACGAGCAGGUACAGGAAAUCAUCUUUGGGAUUUAUACAAAACCAUAUAUGAAGACAACCUUGUACUUCCUGGUGGCACAUGCCCACAAGUUGGUAUUGGAGGGCAUGCGUCUUUCGGUGGAUAUGGGCCAUUGUCACGUAAAAUGGGUCUACUACUUGACAGAAUAGUUGAAGCUGAAAUUGUGUAUGCGAAUGGAACUGCUGCAAAUGUGACACAAGGUGAAGACAUUUUUUUUGCCAUAACUGGGGCUGCGCCAUCAUUUGCUAUCGUCACACAAUUUACAUUUUUAGCUGAAAGAGCUCCAGAAAAUACGGUAAUUUUCAGCCAUUCCCUCAUAAACCGCACCGCGGAAAGUGCUGCUGAUGCGUUUGACGCGUUCGUAAGCUUUAUAAAUGGAAAUGUUACGAAUGAAUUUAGCGCGUGGAUAACUCUAGGACCUGGGUCGUUUGAGCUUAACGGUAUGUAUUUUGGCAGUCAGGAUGAUUUUGAAGUCAUUGUGAAGCCGUUGUUUGAGGGUGUGAAACUCAGCAGUAACGACUCACAAGAUGUAUCGCAAACAUCAGAAUUCAUUGAAAUGUACAAACAAAUUUACGGAGACUUCUCGCCUGUAGCCGAGCCAAAACCAUUCUACAGUAAAUCCUUGAUGAUCAAUGAGCCUUUGACAGUAGAUCAAAGUUUAUCGUUCUUCAAUUACUUGAAUAAUGCAGGUGCACAGGCGAAAAAUCAAGGAUACGAUUGGUAUAUCAUCGUAGAUCCUUACAAUGGAGUCAUUCAUGAGAAAUCAACACAGGAAAGAAGCUUUGCUCACCGCAAUACCCUUCUCACUUUCCAGUUCUUCGCUGAGAUGGGUGAAAGCGAGGAGACACUGUUCAGCCUCGUAGAUGGCAUGGUUGAUAGCAUUACGGAGUUGCCUAAAGCUGCAUAUCCAAACUAUGUUGAUCCAAGGCUCAUCAAUUGGCAAGAACUCUAUUAUGGGCCAAAUUAUCUUAGGCUACAGGAAAUAAAAGGGGUUGUUGAUCCAAAUAACACAUACCGAUUCCCCCAAUCAAUCGAAAUACCUUAAAGGCGGUUUAUCUUUUAUAUAUUUUAUUAGUUAUCUUUCAUUUUCUACACGAAGUGAGAUCAUCGUCCGACAAAUUACAGCUAAAAUGAUUUUCAAACACUGAAAUCUCACUAAAGUAAAAGUCAUUGAUAAUACUAAUGACAACUAUUUCAUUCAAGCAAACGUUAGUGUACGGCUUUGCUUAAAUAAAAAUUGUAUCCUAAUUCUUUUUUUCGUACGAAAUUAACUUGCCA